GCCUUUUCACCUGUCGGCCAAGAACCCCCGUCCCCUCACCGCGGCCCGCCAUGCUCCCCUGAACUCGGUGUCUGUCUGCAAAGGCCAUGGAGAAGAGUUUGGAAAACAAUUUCAGCAUCAGCUUUCUGAAUCCAUUGGUAAUCUUCUUUAGAAAAUCUGCCAAGUGUCUGGGCCAUCUCCCUCUAAUCUAUGUAUUUGUCUGCCUCAGUGCCCUCUCUUUAUGUACAGAUGGAAGCUGGAGCAGAAGUGCUUGCCAGUCUGGAAAGCCUUUGGAACAGGGCAGUUUGAGGUCAUCAGAUGGUGUCCAACUUCAGCUGCUAGAAGGAUUGCAUUCUAUCCACUCUUGUCAAGCUGCUUGUUGUCAAACCCCAGCCUGCGAUGCAUUUUGGCUCAUGGGGACUAUCUGCAUUCAGGUGAACUGUACCAAGUCUCACAAGUGUCAGGAGAUCAGAACUGACACGGCGGAGCCCAUCAUGGUCUUUGUAACGAAAUCUGAUCUUGAUGUAGAUUCCCAAUCUGCCAAAGAGAGGCAAGCCCAUCUUCCCAAAUGGUUGAACUGGAGGGAGAGACAUCAGAGUAAGUCAAGGAUACAGAGGUCCUUCAAAGAGCUGCCUGCUCAUGCAUUGCAUUUAGGAAAAGUCAGGGGAAAUUCUCUAAAGCGAGACGUGGACUCCUCCGUUGGAAGUUCUAUAAACCAUCCAGUUCCAUCAGAAGACUUGGAUAGAAUACCAACUCACGAGGAUCUUAAAGAACCACAGUCUUCAAGAUCGGAAGCGGACCUUUCAGGAAACCAUAGCAAAGUAGAGAAAACCCUCCUGCCAAAUAAUAAGGAUUCGAAAGAACUGAAACCCCAAAGCCCAUCUUCUUCCAACAGUGAUAACAUUAACAACAGACAGCAUGACCUUGAUGGGAGUGACUCCUUGGAGGCCCCUACAGGAGUUUCUACACCAUAUCCCUCUUCAGCAACCAUCGUCCCCAGCCCUGUUGGGAACUCUGAGAAAACCAGACCAUCCAACAAUGCUUCCAUCCAGACCAUCUCUUUAGAAAAAGCCAUCCCAACUUCUAAUAGUCUUCCGGGAAAGGAUUUGGGGAAGGUGCAACAGGUGUUCCCUGUUCCAACUGGCACGCCCAUCAAUGGCAGCGUUACUGCAGUUCUGACCAAUCCUGCUAUAGUACCUAGUACUCCUGCCCCAACACCAGUUAUGAAGAAAUUGGCAGUUUCUGCUGGAGACAGUGUCCAGGUGACCCUGCCAAAGAAUGAAGUGGAACUGAAUGCAUAUGUCCUACCUCCACCACCUAAAGGAAGUAGCUAUUCCUAUGAUUGGAGAUUGAUUACGCACCCAAAGGAUUAUAGUGGAGAGAUGGAAGGACAGCAUUCACAGAUUCUCAAGUUAUCCAAGCUCACAGUUGGCCUAUAUGAAUUCAACGUGAUAGUAGAUGGUGAUAAUGCACACGGAGAAGGGAUGGUGAAUGUGACGGUUAAACCAGAGCCUCGAGUAAAUCAGCCCCCCGUGGCCAUUGUGUCACCCCAGUUCCUGGAGAUCUCUCUUCCAACCACCUCAACAGUCAUUGACGGCAGCCAAAGUACUGAUGAUGACAAAAUAGUCAGCUACCACUGGGAAGAACUAAAGGGGCCACUUCGAGAAGAGAAGGUCUCUGCUGAUACAGAUAUUCUGGAACUGACCAACCUGGUACCAGGAAAUUACACGUUCCGCCUCACUGUGGUGGAUUCUGAUGGUGCUAGCAACUCCACCACCGCUAGCCUGACAGUAAACAAAGCCGUGGACUACCCCCCUGUGGCAAACGCGGGUCCUAACCAAGUGAUCACCCUGCCUCAAAAUUCCAUCACCCUUUACGGAAACCAAAGCACAGAUGACCAUGGCAUUGUCAGCUACGAAUGGUCCCUCAGCCCCAACAGCAAAGUGAAGGUAGCAGAAAUGCAGGGGGUAAGGACUUCAACUCUGCAGCUCUCAGCCAUGCGUGAAGGUGACUAUACCUAUCAACUGACAGUGACAGAUUCUGCUGGCCAUCAGUCCACCGCUGAAGUCACCGUGAUCGUACAACCUGAAAACAACAAGCCGCCCAGGGCAGAUGCUGGUCCAGACAAAGAACUCAUCCUGCCAGUGGACAGCACCACUCUGGAUGGCAGCAAGAGCUCAGAUGACCAGAAGAUUGUCUCCUUCCUUUGGGAGAAAACACAGGGUCCAGAUGGGGUGAAACUGGAAAAUGCCAACAGCAGCAUAGCCACAGUCUCUGGGCUUAAAGUGGGAACGUACACAUUCACACUAACAGUCAAAGAUGAACGGAAUUUGCAAGGGCAAAGUUCAGUUAAUGUCAUUGUGAAAGAAGAGAUAAAUCAGCCUCCUGUGGCAAAAAUUGUGGGGAACAGCCUUACCAUCACUCUCCCUACAAGCACGGCAGAGCUUGAUGGGUCCCAGUCUAUGGAUGACAAAGGAAUUGUCACCUUCCUGUGGACUCGGGAUGAGAGCAGCCCUGCAGCAGGGGAGGUGCUAAAUAAUUCGGAUCAUCAUCCCAUUCUGUUUCUCUCCAACCUGGUGGAGGGAACGUACACCUUCCUUCUAAAAGUGACUGAUGCCAAAGGGGAGAGUGAUGGAGACCGAGCCACUGUGGAAGUGAAACCUGAUCCUAGGAAGAACAACCUUGUGGAAAUGAUCCUAGAUGUCAACGUCAGCCACCUGACGGAGCGGCAGAAGGGCAUGUUCAUCCGUCAGAUCGGGGUUCUGCUUGGGGUCCUAGAUUCAGACAUCACAGUUCAGAAGAUCCAGGCUUACACUGAGAAGAGCACAAAGUUGGUGUUCUACGUGCGGAAUCAGCCUCCUCGCCAGAUCUUCAAAGGGCGCGAUGUUGCGUGGACUCUCAAGAGUGAAUUGCGGAAGCAACAAUCAGAAUUCCUUAUCUUCCGUGCGCUGGAGAUCAAUACCGUCACCUGCCAGCUAAACUGUUCAGAUCACGGCCUCUGCGACUCUUUCACCAAGCGUUGUAUUUGUGAUCCUUUUUGGAUGGAGAACUUCAUCAAAGUGCAGAUUGGUGAGGGUGAAAGCAAUUGCGAAUGGAGUGUGCUCUACGUCGUGAUUGCAUCCUUUGUGAUUCUGGUCUCCCUUGGCAUCUUCUCCUGGGUGGUGGUCUGCUGCUGCAAGAAGAAAAAAGGAAAAGCCAAAAGGAAGAGUAAGUAUAAGAUCUUGGAUGCCACGGAUCAAGAGAGCCUGGAGCUGAAACCAAAUUCCAAAGCAGGCAGCAAGCAGAAGCCCCAGGCCCAGAACACCAGUCUGAUGCAUUCCGAGUCUGAACUGGACAGCGACGAAGCCAUCUUCACUUGGCCUGACCGGGAGAAAGGAAAGCUGCUCCACGGCCAGAACGGGUUUCUGAGAAACGGGCAGGUGAUCCUGAAGCCCAAAAAACAGCGGGAAGAGAUUCUAUAGCGACCGGCCUGCGUGGCAAAGAGUUGGCAAGGGGUUCAGAAGACCGCUCUCUCUCUCUCUCUCUCCGCCCUCGGUUGCACGAGGUAUCUUGGGAGUACCCCUGUUGGAGAGCCCUUCUCUCUUUACCAAUAAUCUCUUAAGAAAACGGGGAGUCCAACUGCCAGUCCUUGAAACUGGACUCAAAAGGGAAAUUUAAUUUUGGCAAAAAAAGGAAAGAAAAAAAGAAGAAGAAGCUGUGAAACAAAGACUACAAAGGGCAGGUGCGGUUCUGAAAAACAAUGCAGAACUUCCCGGCCACUCCUGUGAAAAGGCGUCGAUUUGCGUAGGGCUGCCGUACCGAUCCCAGGCACUUCUUGCCAACAUCUGUUUGCCACAGAGUUGGCAACCCUCUUCACACACACUCCUGCGUUGUUUGUGAGAACACACUUUGUAGUUGGUCUUGAAAGCUGAGAUGCCUCAAACUAUGGUUUGUUUGUUUUUUGUCCUAAUUCACUCCUAGGAAAACCUUCCUGAUUCACCAUCCUUGAUGAGCUUCGUUUUCCAGAAAUGGAAGAAGCCACGUUUCCACGGCAAGCAAAGAAACUGCAUGUUGGCUAUGACGGUCAAGGGUUAUUUCCCCUUUUAAGUUUUUGCCAGUGGUGAGCAUUGAGAUGGAGCCUCCAGAUCAUUGGUGGCUCUGGCUCUUUUCCUCCACGCUCUGCGUCCAGCCUGAAAGUUUUUUCUCACUGAUAGUCAGUCACACUGUAAAACAACAGGCUCCUUUGCCUGUGAAAAACACUGAUGUGUUGUC